UUUCAAGAUGAAUUAUACUGAACCCAGCCCAUUGGUAGAACCAACUGCAGUAGGUUUUAUACCCGAAUUAUUCAGUACCAUACCUGUGCCUUCCAAUGAAACAACUUGUGAAAACUGGAGAGAGAUACAUCAUCUAGUUUUUCAUGUAGCAAAUAUUUUCUUUGCAGUUGGGUUGGUUAUUCCAACUACUAUUCACCUUCACAUGAUACUUCUUAGAGGGAUGUUUGCUAUAGGAUGCACCCUUUAUAUCAUCUGGGCAACUCUCUACCGAUGUGCCUUGGAUAUAAUGAUCUGGAAUUCUGUGUUCUUGGGUGUCAAUAUUUUGCAUCUUUUAUAUCUUGUGUACAAGAAGAGACCGGUAAAGAUCGAAAAGGAACUCGGUGGCAUCUACCGGCGAUUGUUUGAACCACUCCGUGUACCUCCAGAUUUGUUCAGAAGAUUAACUGGGCAGUUUUGCAUGAUACAAACCUUGAAGAAAGGUCAGACUUAUGCUGUAGAGGAUCAAACUUCAGUUGAUGAACGUCUGAGUAUUCUCUUGAAAGGAAAAAUGAAGGUCUCCUAUAGAGGACAUUUUCUGCAUAACAUUUACCCCUGUGCCUUUAUAGAUUCUCCUGAAUUUAGGGCAACUCAGAUGCACAAAGAUGAAAAAUUCCAGGUCACCAUUACUGCAGAUGAUAAUUGCAGAUUUUUAUGCUGGUCAAGAGAAAGAUUAACUUACUUUCUGGAAUCAGAACCUUUCCUGUAUGAAAUAUUUAGGUAUCUUAUAGGAAAAGACAUUACAAAUAAGCUCUACUCAUUGAAUGAUCCCACCUUAAAUGAUAAAAAAACUAAAAAAUUGGAACCCAAAAUGAGCCUUUCCACGCAGAUCUCCAUGCUGGAGAUGAGGAACAGCUUAGUCAGCUGCAGUGACAGUGAUGAUGGCUUACACCAUUUCCUCCGAGGCACCCCUAGUGUGUCCUCUCUUCGGGCCACCUCCAGCAGUGCUCAGCCUGGUGAUACGAGCCUGAUGCUUUGGUGCUCAGACCCAAUGGAGCAGUUCUCAGGGAUCACCAGGGCUACACCUGGUGGUGCUUGGGGAUCCAGGCACUUCUGGGGAUCGAACUUGGGGCCUUGCACAUGCCAGGAAUGUGCCCUACCACAUGUGUCAUCCCCACACCAGCAUGUCUCUGCCAAGAUGAAGCCAAUAGAAGAAGGGGUGGAAGAUGAUGAUGAGGUCUUUGAACCAGUGUCUUCAAAUACAUUUAAAAUUCAUCAGUUGUCUUGAUAUCAAGAUAUCAAGAUGAGUUGAAGAGAUCUUGAAAAGUACAGCCAUUAUUUUAUGAAUGUCAGGUUGUUAGUAUGUUCAGAUUGACUACAUUUCUGGACAGAAACGUGAGAAUGCUGCAAAAAUGCGAAUGUUACUUAAGCUCUCCUUGUUAGUGGUCAGCUUUUUAAGUGUUUUACUGAGGCUUCUUACUAAGCCUACUUCUAUUUUGAUAUCUAUUGGGUCACAAUAUUUUCUAGCUAUAUUAUAAAUUUAAUGUAAAAAUAUCUAGUCCUGGAGCUGGAGAGAGAGUACAGAAGUGGGUAAGGUGCUUGCUUUGCGUGCAGCUGACCUUGUUUAAUCCCAGUACCACAUACAGUACCUUGAACACCACCAGCAAUGAGUCCUGAGCACAAAACUAGGAGUAAACCCUACACCCCACCAGUUGUGACCACAAAUAUACUCCACCCCCAAAGUUAGUUCUCUGUUAUGGAAAAUGCUUGCACUUAUUUUCAAGUUGUUCAUUUUCUUCACAAUUUCUCCACCAUGGCAAUGGGGUUGUCAAUGUUUCGACAAAAAUGCCCAUUUGAAAUUGAUGCAGUUUGAGAUCUAUUAAAGCACAGUCUCUGGCAGAUUUUCAGUUGACUUUUUGGGUGGAAAGUCUUAAAAGAACAAUGGUAUCUGGUUGAUGUUUAUUUUUUUCCAUCCUCUCCUCAACCACUGAUUUACAUUACUCAUAUCUAUGUAGAAGUUUAACAAUAAAUAAAAUUGAUCAAGCCUCUGUUGACAUAGCCCUUCUAUUAUGCACUUUAUAAAUUGGUCUUAAACCUAGGAAUGGAAAGACAGGUGGAAGCAAUUCAGAGGCCUAUGCCAACCUUCAUCUCACCUGUGACUCUAAGCCUCAGGGUUCUGCACUGUCAAGAUGAGAAACAUUUAGGGUGGGAAGGAUAGGAGAUUCCAGAUACUAUGUGGGAGUCACAAUAAAGAGAAUGAGAAAGCAGUUUCAGUCUGUGGUUCAAGUUCUGGAAUUUUAGGUUUCCCCCUAA